CAGCAUGCCCCUAUCACUGGUGUCAUGGACGCAAGCACUUCUUGACACGUCUCCCCUAGUCUGACUGCACAUACUUAGUUCCAGCAUGCGAGGACCACCGACCAUCGGCAGAUGGGCUCUUCUGGUCACUACACCCUGGCAUCUCUGGGCCAAGCUCUGCGAGAAAGGGGAGUACCACAACGGCGUGGAGUGCUUCAAAUGCAAUCCUGGCAGUUGGAGCGAUAGCGAAGAGACACGUCAUGAGUGCCAGCCCUGCCCGGCUGGAAGGUGGACGGACCAGAAGGGCACCACCAGUGCCUCCGCCUGCUUCGAGUGCCCGGCGGGCAGGUGGUCUGGGGCCAUUGGUGCGGCUCAGGAAGAUGUCUGCAUUGCAUGCCAUGCUGGCAAGGCUUCAUCCUUGCUGGGCUCUCCGAACUUCAGCAGCUGCGAGCUGUGCGAGCCUGGGAAGUUCUCGGAUGAGGGGGCAGAAAGCUGCAGUUUGUGCUAUGCGGGAUCUUGGAGUGCGAGCAGUGGCGCCACGGGCAACGAGAGCCACUCCUGCACGCCCUGUGCAGCCGGCCGCUAUGUGGCCUUGGAAGGGCAAACGGAGGAUACUUGUGAUGUCCAUUUUCCGACCCAGUUGCGUCAGUUGCGGUGGAGGCUGAUCACGGCAGGUCUGCCGUGCCCUCUGGGUCGCUGGGCGGAGCACGACGGCUUCAGUGAGUGCUCCGAGUGCCCAGUGGGCCGUGUGGGGCUGAAGGCGGGUCAGUCCUUGCUGGACGAGGCUUGUAGUGAGUGCCCAGCUGGAAAGAGCAGUACGCUUGGUGGCCUCACCUGCUUCGGCUGCACUGCUGGCUCCUGGUCCUCAACAGGCUCGGACUGCCAGCCUUGCCCCAGCGGACGCUGGAGCGACGCCGUGGAGGCCACCGCCCAAGCGGCCUGCCAGUGGUGUGCGGCCGGGCGCUUCAGUGAGCUGCAAGGCGCCAGUGGCUCUGCGGUCUGCGAGUCCUGUGCGCCCGGCCGCUGGAACGACCAGCCGGGGCAAUCCGCCUGUGGCAACUGCACCGCGGGGCGUUUUCUGGCGACGCCUGGUGCUACAGCAGCCGAGCAAUGCCAGGCCUGUGGCAAAGGCCGUGCGAGUGGGCCUGGCGCCUUUGAAUGCUCGGACUGCGCGCCGGGCCGUCAUGCACCCAACGAGACCUCCGGUGCCUGCAUCAUGUGCAGCGCAGGGCGCUACGCGCAGGAGGCCCUGAGCAGCAGCUGCAGCUCUUGCCCUGCUGGAAGGUUUAGUGAAGAGCUGGGAGCCAGCCAGCAAGAGGCCUGUGUGGAUUGCAGCCCCGGAAGCUCCUCGGAGGAGGCCGCGAAUGCCUGCGAGGCAUGCGAGCCAGGCCGUUGGGUGAACGUCUCCCGGGCGACGGCCUGCGAGGGCUGUCCGGCGGGCACCGCCAGCAGCCAGCGGGGCGCCACCACGCAGGAGUGGUGCCUCCUUUGCGGCAUCGGCAACUUCAGCACUGCUGGUGCUGCUGCCUGCGAGCCCUGUGCCGCCGGACGUGCGAGCCGAGCGGUGGGCGUGUCCAUGUGCGAGGUUUGUGGUGAGGGGCAGUUCACGGCCUCGGUGGGCGAAAGUGAGUGCGAACGCUGCCCCGCGGGCCGCGCCGUGGGCCGCAGCGGCGCCAGUGCGGCGGAGGCCUGUGAGGUCUGUGUCCCUGGGCGCUGGGCUGCCGAGACAGGCACCUCCCAGUGCCAACAAUGCGCGCCUGGGCGAUGGCAGAACACGCCCGGAGCCCUGGAGUGUCUGGCCUGUGGGGCGGGGACCUCGAACUCCGCCUUGGGCGCCAGCAGUGAGUCCCUUUGUGCGCCCUGCCCCUUGGGAGCAUGGAGCGCUUCGGGCGCCGCGUUCUGCCCCCCCUGCGCCGCGGGGCGCUACGGAGCGCGACAGGGCGCCCGUCGCUGCGACGUGUGUCCCUCGGGGACCUUCAGUGCCGCCGAGGGCGCCACCAGUGCCGAGACCUGUGAGCCAUGCCCUUCUGGGCGCUUCUCAUCGCUGGACGACGAAAACGCCGAGAGUGGGGCCACCAGCUGUGAGCUUUGCCCACAGGGACGCUGGUCCGAGGUCUUAGGUGCCACUCGCUGCGUGAGCUGCCUGGCUGGGCGGGCCAGCGCAUGGAUGGGUGCGAACAGUGUGGAGGCCUGUGAGGCUUGUAGACCUGGGAGCUACAGCAAUGAGUCCUGGAGCUCUUGCGAAGCCUGCCCCAUGGGCCGUUGGAGUGAUUCUGAAGGCACCUCCCUGUGCACUGCCUGCGGCCUUGGCCGCUACAGCGCCGUCUAUGGCGCCACAACGGAGGCGGUGUGCCUCCACUGUGCGGUGGGGCGUUCGUCACCGGAGGCCGCCACAGACGCAGGCAGCUGCCAGCACUGCCCUGCUGGGCGUUGGAACGGGCAGGCGGGCGCCGCCUGCGCGGGUUGCCCAGCCGGGCGCGCCAGUGGCGCACUGGGCGCGACGGAGGAGGCCGUUUGCGAGGUGUGCCCUCGAGGCCGCUUCGCUCCAGUGGGUGCCGCAAGCUGCCUCCACUGCCCCGCUGGCCGCUUUGCCGACGCGGCCGAGAGCGGCCUCUGCGCGCCCUGCAGAGCGGGGCGCUACGGGCCGUCGGAGGGUGCCAUGAGCAAUAGGACCUGUUUUCCCUGCCCCUCCGGCUACUGGAGCUCGGACGAAGGAUCUUCCACCUGCUCAGGCUGCUCCGAGGGCUUCGUCAACAGCAACGAUGCCGCCGCCUCCGAAGGUGUUUGUGUGGAGGAUGUGUUCUAUGGCGCGGGAACGCUCUCACGAGGGAGUGCUCUUCUGGCACUGGUGCUCUUCUGGCUGACGGGCUGAGCCAACUUCUGAGUCUUGAGGGUGGAUGGAGCAGGAUGCCAAACGCGAUGCA